AUGUCUAACGAAACCUUCGAUAUCAAAACCACCUACCUCCGCUUCUUGGAGGAGGAUGAGGACUUGACCAUGCCCAUUGCGGCCAUUGAGUCGCUUGUCACUAUGCUCAGAACCAAGCAACCCUCCACUUCAUCUGAGCUCAUCAAGUUAGUCAAAUCAAACAUCGAUACCUUGAAGUCAUCCAUUUCCAACGCAAUUUCUCUUUCGGCGGGUUGUGAUUUGUUCAUGAGAUUCGUGUUGAGAAACACCAACUUGUAUUCUGACUGGGAGUCAUGUAAGAAGAACUUGGUCGAAAACGGAGAACUAUUCGUCCAAAGAGCCAAAGACUCAAGAAACAAGCUGGCAGAAUUCGGGAUUCCAUUCAUAAAGGACGACGACACCAUCUUGGUGCAUUCUUUCUCCAGAGUGGUGUAUCAAUUGUUGUUGAAGGCGAGAAAGGAGAAGUUGAUCAGAUUCAGAGUGAAGGUGACGGAAUCAAGACCUUCCGGCAAGGGUUACCACAUGGCCAAGUUGUUGAGGGAUGCAGACAUUCCUGUGGAGGUCAUUGUCGACAAUGCUGUGGGCUAUGUGAUCCACAAUGUGGACAAGAUCUUGGUGGGUGCUGAGGGUGUUGCAGAAAGUGGUGGUAUCAUCAACCAUAUUGGUUCAUACCAAAUCGGAUGUUUGGCCAAGACAAACAACAAGCCAUUCUACGUGGUGACCGAAUCGCAUAAGUUCGUCAGAUUGUUCCCGUUGGCCCCUAACGAUUUGCCUACAGAAAUGAGCCAGUUGCUCGAACAGAGCAAUGAACAGCCUGAAGAUCAAGAUUUGCUCAAAACCCAAUUGAUUGAUUUCACUCCUCACGAAUACAUCACUGCAUUAAUUACUGAUUUGGGUGUUUUGACCCCUUCUGCAGUCUCUGAAGAAUUGAUCAAGGUCUGGUAUGAUUGA